UAAGAGUGGACUUUGCGUGUGUCCUCGUUGCCGCCGGCCCUGUAUUGGUCAGAUUCAUUCAUGGAGAUUUCGCAGUCGAAGAAGCCUCAAAUAUCCGCCGUCAUAUUUGAUUUGGAUGGCACGCUAUUGAACACCGAGCAAGUCACAAAGGACGUUCUGAAGGAUUUCCUGGCGAAAUAUGGGAGGGCUCAGGACGCCGAGAAGGAGAAGAGGAGAUUGGGUAUGACGUUUAUUGAUUCCUCUGUCACAGUUGUGAAUGACUAUGACCUUCCAUUGACGCCCGAGCAAUUUCGCGAGGAAAUUGUGCCGAUGUACUAUGGGAGGUGGAAACUGGCCAAACCACUUCCUGGUGCCAAUCGUCUUAUGAAGCAUCUCCACAACCAUGGAGUGCCUUUUGCACUUGCUUCAAAUGCUUUGAGGAAAAAUAUUGAUGGAAAGAUAUCACAUCACGAUGGUUGGAAAGAGAGGUUCAAAGUAAUUCUUGGGAGUGAUCAGGUCAAAUCAGGGAAGCCCUCUCCAGACAUAUUUCUCGAAGCGGCAGAAAGGAUGGGAGUGGAUCCAUUGAAUUGCCUUGUGAUUGAAGAUUCUAUUGUCGGUGUCAAAGCAGGAAAGGCUGCUGGAAUGAAGGUUGUAGCAGUUCCAUCACUUCAAACGGAAGCCGAUUCAUAUUCUAUUGCUGACUUGAUACUUCACUCACUUCUGGAGUUCCAACCAGAGCAAUGGGGCCUUCCCCAAUUUGGAGACUGGGUGAACGAUGCUUUGCCUAUAGAACCAAUUCGUCUAACAGGGUUCUUUACCAAUGGGCUUCUCCAGAUAUAUUCAGAUGAUGAACUUCCUGAUCAAAUCUGGGGACUCUUCCUUGGAUUCGCGAAGUUUGAUGAUUCGAAGACUUCAAAGGCUGUAAUCAGCAUAGGUUGGAGCCUUGGUUGCGACACGAGAAGAACAAUUAAACCAUGUAUGCUUGAAGAAACAGAUGUCGAAAAAUAUGAUGGUAAGAUGCAAUUGCUUCUGUUGGGCUUACUUCGAAGAUCUUGCGAUGAGGGCAACAAAUUGGACAACAUAGACAUAACUGAUGAAGACAGAAUGGCUGCUGAUGCAGCCUUGGAUUUGCCUGAAUUCUGCAACAAAUCAUUCACAUCUGAUGCUGAAAAUGGUUUGUGCAUUGAUUGACAACAACAUAGAUUUACUUGGCUGUGUUUUCAUGGCAUAACAUGAACAGCCUACAUUUGAUAAGUGAUUGAAUUGAUGUGAACUAGUUUGUAGCUUCCAAUGUGUUUUAUUGUAUUGUCUACUAACUCUUACAUACUUUUUACUGUAUUUUUAUAGAUAAAUGAAUGCAUUCCAUUGGUCUUUAACUAUGUCAAAACACAUCAAUAAAAUAAU